AUGCUGUGGGGGCCGCUGCACUACGACGUGAGCUGGUACUGCAAAUUCAAAGGCAACAGCGACGGCACCAUCUCACCGAAGAGCACGUCCACCGACCUGGUCCUUGGUUUCGGAAAGUGCCUCCAGAAGAAGCAAAUGCCUCCAGAAUUAGCCGUCGGCGACCGCGAUCAGUGCAUCCUCGUGCCCCACAGCGACCCACGGCGGCUGGUGGUCAGGCGUGGCAGCCACGCCGCCGCGGCGCCAUCGGCGCCCAGUGCUGGUUUGGGCAGCACCCCACUGAACGCGGAUUACUUCUCUUUCGAGAUCGGUGGGGACCCCAGCCAGAUCGUGGACCGUUUCCGAGCAGCCCAGGUUGGCGACAAAGUGACGUUCUUUCGAAACCAGAAGAAGCCUGGGCCCGGCGCGCAGCCAGGAUCCGUUGCCUGUGAAAGCUACACCAUACGGGGCAACACCCUCAGCGGAGCGGUGUCCGCAACCUUGCUGCCCAAUGGAGACAUCACGUGGAGCCACGGGUACAUCUCCAGGCCCAUCGCGAACGCUGCCGCUGCCUCUGCGGCGGGGCCGCCCGCUGUGGCCGAAAGCUCAGGGCCCUCCGUCACGGGCAGGGGUGGACGGUGGCUGGAGUACACAGGAGACGCCGAGAUCAUCCGAAAUUGGCGGUCCCACACAACGCUCGAGAAUUUGAAGAGAACCGUAGAGCUGAAGGGGUACUCGGCCAUCACGGUCAGCAACGGGCACCCCAGCUUCGGGCAUGCAGCUCUCAAGAAGUUCCCUUACCAGCUCAAGAAGGAGCACUGCAAGCCGAUAUCGACUUGUUGCAGGCACCCGUGCAAGCUUUACAUUUAUGAUUCUACCAGCGAGUCGGCUCCCCGCAAGGCCGCAGCCACGAAGUCCAAGAAGGGCACCCCCGCCGCCGCGCCGGCGCCCGCCGCGGAGGCCGCCGCGGAGCAGCCGCCUCCCGAGAAGGCCGCGGGCACCAGCCCUGAGGGCCCGAAGCCGAACGGGGCGGAGGCGGCUCGAAGAACCGAGACGCCGGAAGGAGCGGAGCAGGAACGGGCCGAGGCGGACCUGCGCGCCGCGCUGGCGGCCUGCAAGAGCGGAGUGGCAGAGGCUUCGGUCAAGCAGACCGACGGGAGAGUGCAGCGCCGCUGGCGCCACGUGGUGGCGAAGGUGCUGAAGCAGAAGUUUCUCAAGGGCUUCUGGGCGGUGCUCGGUGAGUACCUCAACUACGUCAAGCGCAGGAUCCAGAACGCCCAGCUGUCACAGCAGGCAGAGCAGAUGCAGCAGCAGAACGUGCAGAUCAGGACGGAGCUCGCUCGGCAGGUGCAGGCGCAGUGGGAUCUACCACGUCUGGCCGAGCAGCUCGGCGACGCUGUGCAGAAGCUAUCUGAAGAACGCAAGGAGAAGUCGUCUGCGCCGGCCUUCUCCCAUGUAGACACCAAGGGGUUAGGCAAGCCCUCCAUCUUCAAGAAUGAGGAAGCCAAGUUCCUGGAGUGGUACCGCAAGACCAAUGCGUACCUGACGGCGAUCUUCGGAGAGCAGUUCCGCAAGUUGCUGGAGUGGGUGGAGGACCAGGCGCAGGAGACCACGGUGAUCAGCAUGGAGGUUCUGGAGGCGCGGUUCGGCAGCGACGAUGAUAACGAAGAUGAGUUCAUUCCGGACCUCCGCGAGAAGGUCAGCCAGCUGUACGUCGCACUCCAGACGCUGACCGAGGGUGAGAGCUUUGCCCUAGUGAUGAACACUCCCAAGGGCAACGGCGCUGAGGCGAUGAGGAAGCUCAUCCGGCGCUGGGACCCAGCGUCAGGGGGCAAGCGCCGCGUUCUCUUGAAGCAGAUCAUGAACCCGCAGCGGUGCACCCUCAGCGACCUGUACGCGAAGCUCGAGGAAUGGGAGGAGCUCAUCCGCCGGUACGAGAGGAAGAAGGCAGAUGGCAUGGGCAAGGUGGUCGACGACGACGUGAAGGUCGCGGCCCUGGAGACCAUGGUGCCGGAAGAGCUCGAACUCCACCUCGCGAUGAACAAGCGUAGGCUAGACACGUCGGAGAAGGUCGUAGAGGAGAUCCGGAGCUUCCUGGAGCCGAGACAGUCGCAAGGUGCCCUCCUUCGACGGAAGCGAGGUGACCCGAUGGACGUUGACUCGCUGUACAAAGGAGGCAAGGGCAAGUCCAAAGGCAAGGGUGACAAGAACGGCAAGAAGGGCCAGACUCCCAAGCCGCGUGACAAUCGGAUGGUGCAAUGCUGGCGUUGCAGUGGCUGGGGCCAUACGUCGAAUGAGUGCACAGCCCGCCUGCCUGGCGGGAAGACCGGCGACGGCAAGGGCGGCAAAGGCAAAGGUAAGGGCAAGGACACAGACAAGGACAAGUCCAAGGGCAAGAACCGCCGCUGGGACACCAACUCCUUCGAGCCCGGUGCCGCGUCAAGCUCGGGCCAGCCGGUGUGCGGAGACAACUGGGAGGACGGCAACAACAGCACGGUCACCAGCCUUCCGCCCUCAGCGAGCCAGGUGGGCUCCACGAACCUCGGCUCCUUCGAGCUGUGCGCGUUCGAGCUCAACAGCUUCGACGAGACCGUCGACGACCAGGAGUGGAUCAGGUUCACGUUCGACUCGGGCGCGGCCGUGACCACCUUCCCUGAGAACACCAAGGGCGAGCGGCUCCCGGCCGAUCCGAACGCGAGCUAUCGGACGGCCAGCGGUGAGAUCAUAGCCGACUCGGGCGGGGCAUGCAUCCAAGGGCGAUCCGAGUGGAGCGAGCCGAUCAGACUGAAGGCGCGCUUGGCCAGCAUCCACAAGCCGCUGGUCUCGGCCUCGCAGACUCACCGCACGGGUCGGGCCACCUGGCUGACAAAGGAGGGUGGCUACAUCCUCCCGGCCGGCUCGGACAUCGUGAACCGCGUCGACGCUCUCAUCCGUGAUGCUGCGUGGAGCGAGUCGGGCGUGGUGCCUCUGUACGUUGAGAAGGGCAUCUACGCAGGCUACAUCAAGAAGAACGAGGGAGGCCACGUCAGGAGAGUCUCGUUCGGCGACCACCGCGAGAGCUGGGACCUGUGCCCGGUCGACGGCGGGUCGCCAGUCCCUCACCGGCAGGCCGAGCGGGAGCAGCACUUGGCAUCCGGACACGCGGUCUACCGCUCGUGGUGCGAGGAGUGCGCGCGGGCAGCCGGCCUGGGCGCCCAGCACGCCCGGCGACCUGAGGAUCGUGAUGACGCCGACCCGGUCGUCAGCAUGGACUUCGCCUUCAUCGGGGAGAAGGUCCAGGACGUGGAGGACGACGGCUCCAUCCCCAUCUUAGUGGUGACGGACCGCAAGUACGGCAUGAAGGGGGCGACCGCCGUCAAGGACAAGACCGCGUCCGACUUCGUGGUCAAGUGGCUCGUGGGCUUCUUGAAGCACCUCGGGCACCGCCGCGUCGUGCUCAAGUCCGACGGCGAGGCGAGCAUCUGUGCGAUCAAGAAUGCAGUGAUGGUUGGUGUGGGCCAGCAUGUCGAGUGCAUCCCGCAGGAGUCGCCCAAGGGCGAGCACAAGAGCAACGGCGAGGUCGAAGCCAGCGUGAAGGAGGUGAAGAAGGUCAUCCGAGCGAACUUCUUCUCCAUGCAGAAGUCUUUCGGCUUCGAGAUCUCGCCCGGGCAUCCCAUCGUCAGGUGGCUGCCCCAGUUUGCCGCGGACUCCAUCUCCAAGUUCAGGCUCGGCGUUGACGGCAUGUCGGCCGAGCAGCGGAGGCGUGGCCGCCCCUGGAGGAAGUUCGCGGCGGAGUUCGGCGAGAGGGUGCACUAUCGACCUCUCGGAGUCGGAGACGAGAGGAGUACGCUGGCCCCCAAGAUGCUCGUGGGGCACUUCGUGGGCUACCACUCGCGGACAGGCGCGCUGCUCGUCAUGACGCAGUCGGGUGUGGUGCGGGCCCAGGGCUUCAAGCGCCUACAUCGAGCCCAGGCAUGGUCACCGGAGGCGCCAGGGUCAUGGGGCAGGCUUGCUGGACUGCCGUGGGAGGUUUCCCCCGCGGUGUUGCUCGCGCAGCCCGUGGGCCCGAUCACCGUGACCAGAGACACGCAGGAGGACCACGACACCGUGGUCAGGAGGCGCUACGUACUCAAGAAGGACAUCGAACGCUUCGGAGCCACUCCGGGGUGUCCAGGCUGCGCAGACCUCAUGGCAAGGGGGUCGGCGCGGGUCGCGCACUCUCAAGAGUGCCGCGAUCGCAUCGAGGCCGAGCUGAUGAAGGACUCGGCAGGCCAGCGGAGACUGGCGGAGCACCACUUGAGGGCGAGUGCUCGCGAGGCUCAGGCGGAGGAGAGCGCGGCGCAGCCGGCGCCCCAGCCUGGAGCGGCCGCAGCCAGCGGCGGAGGAGCCGCCGCGGCCAGCGGCGGGGGAGGCGCCGCGGCAGGACCCGGCGCGGACGUGGCCAGGGCAGGUCCACGUGCGAGCGCCCCGGCGACGCCACCGGCAGCAUCGAGGAAGCGUGCUGCGAGCGUAUCCGCCGAGGAGCGCCGCCCGCCGCAGUUGCGAGACGGGCCAAGGGGGCCCAAGAGAGCCGGGAGCGAGCCGGACCUCCACGGGCAGAUGAUCGUGGAUGGAGGCUCGAGCUCGUCGGCUGGACCGGCGAGCGCGGCAGUGUCCGCCGGGCUGGUGCAGCCCGCGCCUAGCCCAGAGGGGGCUAGAGGAGGAGGCGACAUGGAGGACUUGGCAGGGCCAGCUGCGCGGGCUGGCAGCUCCAUGGACGUCGGCGCCUUUGACGAGGUCAAGGGCAAGGUCUACUGGGAGAUCCUGGCGCUGGUGAGCGCCACGGACCUGAUCGGCGACAACGCCAUGUCGAUCAAGGAGCUGAAGGAGGUGUCCGCGCUGUUGACCGAGAUCAACGGGGUCGACCUCGCAGAGGUCUACUCGCCCGAGCGCUUCAAGGGUAAGGCGCUCGGCGUGGGCCUGACAGCAGGCCUCGCGGCGGACCUCUACACCGGCUGGGACUUGCUUCGCGAGGACCACCGCCGAGCAGCCAUGAAGAAGCUGCUGGAGGACGACCCUCUCCUCACGGUGACCUCCCCGCCGUGCACGGUCUUCUCCAAGCUCAGGCAGCUCAGCAACUUCAAGCGGGACGAGGGCAUCGUGGCUUCCGAGGUCCUCGAGGGCGAGACACACCUGGAGUUCUCCAUGAAGGUGUGCGAGAGCAGGCAUCAGCGAGGAGCACUUUUCCUGCACGAGCACCCCUGGGGCGCAUCCUCCUGGUCGCGGCCGUGCGUCCAGAGGGUCAAGGAGUUGCCGGGCGUGUACUUGGUGCGCGGCCCGAUGUGCCGCUGGGGCCUCCACUCUCGGGGGCCCGAUGGGCGCGAGGCAUUCGUGCGCAAGGAGACGGGCUGGCUGACGAACUCACAGGUCUUGGCCGGCAUCCUUGCUGGGGAGUGCCGCUGCCCGUCCAUCGGCGGCGAACCCUACCGGCACGUGCACUUGCUCGGUGACAAGAGGGCUCUAAGCCCACAGGUCACUUAG